CAGAGAAAGCAGUGUUGUCACCUGGCUUUAGCCAGGUCUCCGUGAGCAUGAACAGAUCCAAUUUCUGGGAGGAAAUGAAGUCAUUUAAGACAAAUGUCUUGUUCAUGACUGAGCGGGCGUUCAGCAACGCUGCGCGCACCGGCUUGGGACUCGUAGUCCGCUGCAGAGCUGCACGGCUGAGCGGGCGAAGAUUCUCCUGCACGCAACCCCCGCGCUGAGUCGUCGUUUGCCGGCAAGAUGGAGUCGGAUCCUCGGCGCUGGGAAACCGCCGCGCUCCGUAGACAUCACUGUUUGUCAGUCAAGAUGUUUCCCUCCAGAGAAGGCCAGGGAACACAGUAACUCCGGACAUUACGACUCCAUGGAAUAUACACCGGAUCCUUUUUCUGCUUCCAAUUUGUGGCUAAAUGACAGCUUCCUGCUCAACCUCACAGCAGCUAACACCAGCCGUGAUGCAGUCCCAACCUUUUUUUCACCGGUAUUGGACAUGAUUGUUUUGAUAACCAUUCUAUUCAUCAUCAUGGUGUCACUGGGAUGUACCAUGGAGCUCCUCGGAAUUAAGCAUCACAUAAUGAAACCAAAGGGAGUUGCCAUAGCGAUGCUGGCUCAGUUUGGCGCCAUGCCUCUCAGCCUUUUCCUUAAGUUUAAACCCAUUCUGACAUUCAGGAGAACCUUUGAAGUAGAAUCAUGUUUACUUUGUGAGAUGUUGAGUGUUGAAAGAGACUCUACAGAAAUUCCACAGGAAACCUCCCCUAUGGAGUUUGGAGAUCAGUCACCAAAGAAGGUGUCACUUCGUCUUUCUGCCAGCCUCGUGAUGACUACGUGCUCCACGGUGCUGGCACUGGGUAUGAUGCCUCUCCUGCUGUACGUGUACUGCCAAGGUUUCAGUAACCUGCAGAAUGCAGUGCCGUAUGUUGACAUUGUCGUGGCCCUCAUCCUUAUUCUCAUACCCUGUGCUGGUGGCAUUCUCAUUAACCACUACAAGCCGAAGUACGCAAACAUCGUCAACAAGGUGGGCCUUUCUGUAUUGGCACUUGUUGUUGUUGUAAUUUUAGUCAUUUCUAGUGUUUCAAUUGGACGUUCCAUCCUGGCAGUGUUUGCUCCUCCACUCAUGGCCAUCGGUGCCCUCAUCCCCUUCAUAGGCUACGCCUUUGGAUACAUCAUCUCCAGCAUCUUCAGACUCACUCACUCGGAAAGGAGGACCAUUGCCAUGGAAACAGGCUGUCAGAACGUACAGCUGGCCUCCACUGUUCUGAAGAUGGGGUUUCCACCAGAAGCAGUUGGUCCACUCUUUCUGUUUCCCUUUGUCUACGCAUCUUUACAGCUGAUGGAAGCUGCAGUGCUUAUCCUGCUGUUCAGGGGUUACCAACUGUUUAAGUUCAUACAGAAACGUAGAUACCAGUCGACGAAUACAACAGCAGAGUGCGAAGAGACUGAGCUGCAUGCAUGAUGGAUGGAUCUGAACUUCAUGGCUUAAGGAUAACAACCAUCCUGCACCAACUCUGUAACGGUUCAACACAGCUGUUAUAUUUGUAUUUUUAUUGAAGCAGUCACUGUCCAAAUACUAACACUGCUAGCAUAAUUACUUUAGUAUAUUUGAAUUUUCUCUUCUAACUUCCCAGUUUUUAUUAAAAUGAAGAUAUUCAGAAAAAUAAAUGGGUUAUUGACUGAA